CUUCUGCCAGGUGACUCCUGCCUCGUAACCCAGUAGCACCCAGCUCCACCAAUCUGAGGAGUCACAGCUGAUUACUGCUGUGGCUAAUCCCUGGAUUGUCUUACUGUCCUCUGGUUGGUUUCUCUGCUCUUCUAUCAUUUAAACUCAUUCCCAAAAUUAAAUUACCUGUUUGUUAAGACCUAGACUGGUUUCCGUUUUCCAUACUAGACCCUGACUGAUGGAGUCGAACCAUCUUUCUGUGUUUUCUCGCAUGUUGUGUGAACACAGUAAAUGCUCAGUUAUAAUGAUGUUAAUGAAAAAGGAAAACCAGCUUAUCCAAAAGAAGUAGUGCUUUGCUCUGUUCAUUUACUUUAUAAGUCAAGCUGACUAAAACUACAUAUUUGUCAUAACUGAAAAACAGAAAGUAGAAACAUUUGCCUGAGUUUUUUUCUGAGGAGUCGGUCUUGUACCUUUCACUCUGGUGUCAAGAGUGGACCCUUUGAUCUUGAGAAUCUCUUCCAUCUUUAUCAACCAUGACUUUAUCGUGGGACGAAUCUGUCUUGGUUUGGGUGGGGCUGUGCUUUCUAAUCGCAGCAGAACGAGCCCAAUGCCGUGUCGCUGGUUUUGCUCACGGUGACUUUGGUGGCGACUCUGCACCCUUGGCUUUCCCAUCACAAGCCUGGUUGUUGUGACCCGCAGUCCUGUUCAUAUGCCAGCCCCUGUUCUUGGCCUCCACACAAGGGUUCCCACAAGGGUUCCAUUUGAGAUGGUGGUUUCCAAGAUUGGGGGUAUCUGCUUGCUAGCCCUGGAUUUGAGACCACCAGCUUGUUUUUCCAAGCAUUAAUAUCUCAGUGAUCUCCAAACAUAUUUUCUUUUCCGGAAUGCUUUCCAAAAGGUUUGUAAGAAUGUCUCUCAAACUUUUCUUUUGAAGGCACCAGGGCCUGAGUGGGGGGGCAAGGGUAAUAUAAAUUAUAACUUGGCUGGCUAGUAUUUAAAACUUUAUCCAAAAAAUAUUUUUCUCCUUAAAAAAACCACCUCUUUCUACAUAUUUAAGUAAUUCAUUUGAGAGAAAUAACUACUCAGCUAUUCACAUAGCCAGCCCUUGGCAGCUUCGGUUCAAAAUGCUCUGAAACCAGUCAACUACAAAGUUUCAGAUGUUUUCUUUGAAAGCUCAACUUAACCUGCACUACCACGGUGGUGCGAAAAGUGACAACUCAUUUUAAAGAUUCUCCCCUUUCUCUCUUUGUCUCUCUUCUGCAGGCCGUGUGUUUAUACUGUGGGGUCUCCCGUAAACAACAGGGCCCUUUUUCCAUGCCAGGAGCCACCCGUUGCCAUGUCAACAUGGCAGGCUACAGUUCGAGCAGCUGCAUCUUUUGUUGUUUUAAUGAGUGGGGAAAAUUCUGCCAAGCCGACGCAGCUUUGGGAAGGGUGCUCAAGCUGGUAUUACUACGUAACCAUGCCGAUGCCAGCCUCCACCUUCACAAUUGCAGUGGGAUGCUGGACAGAAGUGAAGAUGGAGACGUGCUCAUCGGGUGAUUUGGCAACAGAGACACCCUUCUCACCUUCUGAGGCCGACUUCAGGCAUGUUGGUGUUUGCAGUCACAUGGAAUACCCCUGCCGCUUCCAGAAUGCUUCUGCCACCACCCAGCAGAUCAUUCCUCAUCGUGUCUUUGCCCCUGUGUGCCUCGCGGGUGCCUGCCAAGAGACCCUUCUGCAGCUGAUCCCUCCUUGCCUCUCAGCAGCACAUUCUAUUCUGGGAACACACCCGUUCUCUCGGCUGGAUGUUCUCAUCGUCCCUGCCAACUUUCCGAGUCUGGGGAUGGCCAGAUACCCAUACCAUCUC